GCGCCGUUCAUGUGGUCGGAUGAUUCAGCGGCCUGUCGGUGAAGAUUAAUCCCAGUAAAGUUUUCAGACUGGACUCUUCUCAUCUUUAGUUGGCUCUUAGGUGUUUGUAAAAUGUCCGAGUCUCAGGAUCUUUCAGAUGUCGAACAGCUGAUGGAGAUCAAAAAAGAGGUUCUUCCUGAGCAACAGGAGAGGAACUUCAGUCUGAAACAAGAGGAGUAUCCAGAACCAGCUGACAUUAAAGAGGAACAGGAGGAACUGUGGAUCAGUCAGGAGAGAGAGCAGCUUCAAGAAUCAGAGGGGGCUGGUUUCAGUAUGUUCACGUUCACUCCCGUCUCUGUGAAGGAUGAAGAAGAGGAUGGAGCGAAACCUCAGUCUUCACAGCUUGAUGAGAAACAAAGUGAGAAGAACAGAGUCACAGAGGAUUUGAAAACUGAAUCUGAUGGAGAGGACUGUGGGGGAUUGGGAGCAGACAGUCAUUUACAGCCAGUUACUUCUGACGAGGCUUCAGACCUUUCUGGAUCUGAGACUGAUGACAGUGCUGACUGGGAGGAGAGUGAUGAAGCUCAGAAAGGUUUAGGGCCUCUGCAAAACAAUAACAUAGCUGUUGGUGAUAUGAAAUCUGCCCUUGGAAAGCCAUCAGUGAUCCCUUCUGCUUCGAGAUUUGGACAGAAGAAACAAGUAGAUAAACACAAAGGAGCCCACACAGGGGAGAAACCAUUUUGUUGCUCAGUUUGUGGUAAAAGAUUUUCCCAAAAAAGAAACCUGAAGACCCACUUUGUAAUUCACACGGGGGAGAAACCUUUUAGCUGUUCAGUUUGUGGCAACAGAUUUACUCGCAAAGCAAGUCUGACAACACACAUGAAUAUGCACACAGGGGAGAAGCCAUUUAGCUGUUCAUUCUGUCAUAAAAUAUUUUACCGACAGGGGCAGCUGACUGAACACUUGGUUGCCCACACAGGGGAGAAACCAUUUACCUGUUCCGUUUGUGGUAAAGGAUUUGCCCGUAAAGGAAAUCUAAAGGACCACUUGAGUAUUCAUACAGGGGAGCGACGAUUUAGUUGCAAAGUUUGUAACAAAGGAUUUAUCCAACAGGGAAAGCUGAGGGACCACGCAGUUGUCCACACAGGGGAGAAACCAUUUAAAUGCUCAGUUUGUGGAAAAAGAUUUGCUCACAAAGAGAGUCGGAAGUGGCACAUGAAUGUCCACAUAUUGGAAAAACCAUUUAGUUGUUCGGUUUGUAGUGAAAGAUUUUCCGAACAGGCACAUCUGAAUGAACACUUGGCUGUCCACACAGGGGAUAAAGAGUUGAAUUGUGUGGCCUCACAGACUUUGAUUGUUUUGAAAUUGCCCGUGAUGCAACUGAGUUCUGUACACAUUACCCCAACCCCCUAAUGUGAUUAAGAGCUGCAAUGGAAUUACUGUGAUUAAGCUAAAAGCAAUAUCUAUUUACACAGCAUGUAUGAGUUGUAUUAGGAUUUAGGUAGUAAAGAAAUUUGAUAGAAACUAAGAUUCAGAACUGAUAAUUUAUAGUACUGCAACACCCUAGUCCUCAGAAAUGUAAUUUGUGAGUACAUCAUGAAUUUUAUUAGCUGAUUAGCAGUUUAAACAAUCAAACAUUUGGAUGCAUCCAGAGUGAAUGUAUUACUUAAUUUUACUGGAAAAUUAUACUUGUCAGACAGCUUCAAAGUUGUGUUUGAGGAACUCAAGUCUGUAAGAUUUGUAGUGAUAAUUCAGGCAGAAUUUCUGCUGGAAUUCCUCUCUUUUCCAAGAAAAAAAAAUUCCUUUCCUGUUUGGGGUGAGUUUCAGUGUACGAGGAGCCAAACUUGACAUCUCUGAAUAAAAGCAGAUUGCAAUAGACAA